AUGAUUAAUAAUCAAACUAAAACAAAUGGUUUUAUACUUAGUUCAGUUUCUCUUGGUUUAAAUACAUUUGCAUGUGUAAUAUCAUGCAUAGUUUUUUUUAUUAUUAUAUAUCAACUCUAUUAUAACCAUGUCAAACGUGAAGACAAAAUAACUGUUGUUCUUUGUGGUCAUAUAUAUAUAGUAGUUUUAAUAUAUUCAUCAACAUUAAUGUCAACGAAUAUUCGAUCAAUGCUGGGUGAUUUGUAUAACCAAUCUUUUGAUUCAUCAUGGUGUAUUUUUUCAGGAUAUUUAGUUCUUGUAUUGCUUGGUAUGUUAUACAAGAUGUUUGUAAAUCAGGCAUUCUAUCGUCUUAUUCGAAUUGCUUAUUCUCAAAAUCGACGAUUUCAAUCUGUAAAACUAUAUAUAAUUUUACCAAUUAUAGAGAUAAUAAUACUAACAUGCAUUCUUCCAUGUGUUCUUAUACCUUUGAAUGGUGUAACAUAUUUGCCGAAUGAUUAUUUUUGUUAUGCAACAUUCACAAAUAUUCCUGGUAUUCUUUCGGCAGCAGCUAUCGUUUAUAUAGGCCCAUUUUGUUGUAUCUUAUUUAUUUAUAUACAUAUAACAAAAUUUAUUCAUCAACAAGGAACUAUUCAAACAUUAAUAGUAAAACAAAGACAAUCUCGAGAUUUACUUAUUACUCGCCGUAUUUUAAUUAUUGUUAGUUUAUUACUUAUUCUUGGAAUACCUGCAAUGACUCUUGUAUUUAUAUUUAUAAUAACAGGUGAAGAGAAUUCACUAUUAGCUCGAAUUGCAUUUUUUCCAGUUAGCGCAUCUCAAACGGGAUUGAGUGUAGUAUUACUUUUUUCUAUUCCACAACUGAAAAAUAUUGUUCUGAACUUACGAACAGCAAAUACAGUGACGCCCGUUAAUCGAGCUGUACAAAUGAGAACGAUUAUUGGUACUCACUAA